AUGAGCGACCCAGCACCCGCAAUACAACGCUCAGCAGCAUUCAACAAGUACAUUUUGUACGAGAACAGACUGCGAUUCUUUGUUAUUGCCUCCAAUACCGCUGACUCGAGGCAUCGGAUUAUCAAGAUUGACCGUACCAGUCCGGAGGAACUUUCCCUGAUUGAGGAUGAGGCAGAAUACAGUGGAAAGCAGAUGAGCGCCAUGCUCAAGAUGCUGGACGACGGAAACAAGAGUUCUGGAGGGCUUGGGAGGGCGAAGAUGUUCUUUGGGAUCGCUGGAUUCGUCCGUUUCACUGCAGGGUGGUACAUGGUUAUCAUCACAAAGCGCUCUGUAGUCGCCCUACUUGGCGGCCACUAUCUCUAUCACUGUGAAAACACCGAGAUGAUUCCUGUUUGUUUCAACCAAAAGAUUGAGAAGGCGGCGGAGGAGCAGCGACUCAUUAAUAUCUACAAGCAAGUCGACAUGUCAAAGAACUUCUAUUUCAGCUAUACCUAUGACCUGACUUCGUCAUUGCAGCAUAAUCUCACUGGCUCCAGCCGCUCUGUUCACGGGAAAUGGGCAUUUAACGACAGAUACGCCUGGAAUUUCAACAUGAUGGCUGCUCCUUUUGAGCACUCGGGAGGCCCUGCGAGUCCGCAUUGGCUUCUGCCUCUGGUCCACGGACACGUAGACCAAGCUAAACUCACCGUUCUGGGUCGCGUCGUUUUUAUUACGUUGAUCGCGAGGCGUUCACGCCACUUCGCAGGGGCACGUUAUCUCAAACGCGGGGUCAACGAUGAGGGCAAUGUCGCAAAUGAGGUUGAAACCGAGCAGAUCGUGUCGGAGGCACUCACAACGCCGUUUUAUUACCCCGCCCCAAGGAACUCGUCAGGAGACAAAUGUAGCCGCCGUCCUAGCCCUAACUACACCAGCUAUCUACAGUAUCGUGGGAGUAUUCCUAUCUAUUGGACACAAGAAACAAACAGCAUGACACCGAGGCCGCCCAUUGAGAUCAAUGUUGUAGACCCUUUUUACACCGCAGCAUCUCGCCAUUUUGAUGACCUUUUUAAAAGAUAUGGCGCACCCAUAACGAUUCUCAAUCUCAUUAAAACAAGGGAACCUGUACCUCGAGAGUCCAAGUUGCUGGAAGAAUACACACUUUGUGUCAGAUACCUGAAUCAGUUCCUUCCGAGGGAUAAACAAAUGAUUUAUAGGCCCUGGGAUAUGUCUAGAGCAUACAAAGAAAAGACGCAGGAUGUCAUAAGCUAUUUGGAGGAUAUAGCGGAAGAGUCUAUUCAAGUUACAGGUUUCUUCCAUUCAGGACCGGAGCCAUAUUCGCAUUAUUUGCAGAGCGAUUCAGAAACUUGGCGAAGCACCAUCUCCUUACAGAAUGGGAUCUGCCGAACAAAUUGUGUUGAUUGCCUGGAUCGUACUAACGCUGCACAGUUUGUCUUUGGGAAGCGUGCUCUCGGGCACCAGCUGUACGCUCUCGGGGUUGUAGAGAAUCCGAAUCUCGCAUUUGACUCUGAUGCAGUUAAUAUGCUGACUGAAAUGUAUCACGAUCACGGCGACACUAUUGCACUCCAGUAUACUGGAAGCGCCCUUGUGAAUCGCGUGGAAACAUACCGACGUAUGCCUCACUGGAACAGUCACUCCCGGGAUAUCAUUGAGAAUAUCCGCCGAUUCUACACCAACUCCCUGUUAGCAGAUGCUGAUAAGCAAACAGCUAUCAGCCUCUUCCUGGGCGUUCAGAGUGAACGUGCCAUCACUCACCGUCCUGUGCGGAGCGGCUACAGGCAAUGGUUCAACCCUGAGCACCUCAAACCUGCCUAUGUGAUCGAUGACUGUGACAAGAAGCUACGAGAAUUUGUGAAAACGAAGGGUGACUUUUGGAUCGAGUAUUACCGACCUUUACUGUUCACAUCUCUCGGGAAGCACUUUGCGUACUCGAUGAACAGCACAUUGAAAUUGCCAGGGAAGACUGCGAAAGACAUGAACCACAGUCCGUUUGAGACGAGUUCACGUCAUAGACCCUCUAGGCGAUGGAUAGGAUCACAGAACGUCGCAGCCCCGAAGAAACCAAAUGGGAAGCCGACCGCAAGGACCGAGACUCGGAAAGCUUCUUUCGAGCCCGAAUUUGAUCGUCAUUCGUUGUCAACAGAGGCUAUUGCGAAGCAAAUGCUCGAGCCUUUCGUAUCAGAAACAGAAGAGGCAGAAUAUCAAGGAUAUAUUGAUCAGUAUGAGGAACUUCUUGAUGCCCCGAGCACGAGAAGUGAGAGGAAAGAUUUGGAGGUGUACACGGCAGCUGUACGUAUGGCCACGGGUGAUGUGACAGAGUUGCAGGAUAUCGAUGACGAAUCCAGCGAGUAUUUUGGUUACGUUGAAUAUGGUUCCGUACAGUAUCAUGAGGGACAGGGAAGGAAAGAACCACUCCCUAUCUCCUUCAAUUACGAGCGAUGGUUGAAUAGUCACACCAUUGUGUAA